AUGUCCAACUCGAUGCCGUCUCAUCUCUGGCCUGUAGGCCAACCUUUUGACAUAUGUAGUGCUUUCAAUCGUCUGUUACAGGAUGAACAAGUGUCAACCCCCCUUGCUGCGAUCCUUGCUCUCGUGGAAUUAAUGGAAAAAUCUUCUGCGGGGACUAUGUUUGAAUUGGUGAAAGAACUCAAAGCCAGUGCCGAGAAUCUCAAGAAACAAUUGUCAAAUUACAUCAGCUUGAAUGCGGGUUGCGAGCUGUUCACUGAGUCUGUCACUCUCUUCCCCCAUGACACGUCCAGUUUCUCAGAGCUCAAGACCGAACUGAUACGACAAGGGCAUCAGUACAUCAUUCAGGUGCUUACUUAUCACGCAAAGAUUGCAGAGCUUGCCUUCGACUUUAUAAAGGAUGAUUCGGUGAUACUCACACAUUUGUAUUCAAGAGUCGCUCACAAACGGAAGCGAAUAUCAGUCUUCAUUACAGAGGCAAGACCCCAAAAACUAACGGCUGCCAGAAUUCCUACAACCGCGAUUCUUGAUUCUGCAGUUGCGUACUGGAUGGAUAUGGUUGAUUUUGUUCUCGUUGAUUCCGAAGCUGUGGUCGAGAGUGGCGGACUCAUUAAUGCUGUCGGCAGCAACCAGAUAGCAAUCAUUGCAAAAACUGCGAAUAAACCCUUUUACGCUCUCGCAGAAAGCUACAAGUUCCGUCGGCUAUUCAUAUUGUCGCAAUAUGAUCUGUCAAGUCAUACUCCAAACCUACUUUCCUUCUCUCUACCUAUAGGGCGGCCCCUCCACAAAUCUUCCAUUAAUCCGUCUCCGAAAUCGUCUUUUGCUUCCGGCGGAUCAACUUGGAUCAAGAUCAGUGAAGAACAACUCACUCGAAAUAAUUCAAGUGUAGACUACACCAGACCCGAUCUCAUCUCUUUGGUGUUCUCGGAUGUAGGCAGCUUGACUCCAGAGGGAGUCAGUCAGUACCUUGUUGGGAUGUUUGCAGGAUGA